CCUCCUACUCCUUUUGCUUUUCCAGCCCAUCUGCACACCCAGACAGACAAAUAACAAAAGUCUAGCAACCAUGUCGUGGCAAGCCUAUGUUGACUCCAGCCUGGUCGGCAGCGGCCAUAUCGACAAGGCUGCUAUCAUUAGUGUUGCGGGUGACAGCGUUUGGGCCACUUCGAGCGGAUUUACGAUUAAGCCUGAGGAAAUGAAGACCAUCGCCAACAUCGUAACCCAAAGUGCUGGUGCCGUCGAGAAGGCCCAAGCAGAUGGUAUCUACGUUGCGGGCGAGCGAUACGUUGCCUUCCGGAUUGAGGAUCGGAGUGUCUACGGACGACAGGGCCGAACGGGUAUCGUCAUUGUCAAGACAAAGCAGGCUAUUAUAGUUGGCCACUACGGCGAGGCCCACAUAGCUGGCAACUCGACCCAGACUGUCGAGGCGUUGGCCGACUAUCUCAUCAAGGCCGGAUACUAGAGCGGGCGUGGAUCGAGGAGUGGUAGAUGUCGUGUGAGAGUGGAUGCCCCAGACCGACUGGGAGCAUGCUUUGGGACUGCAGAGCGAGAGAGAGCUUAGCAAAUUUUCUGUUGAUGACAUACUCGAUGGGCGGCUCAGGCUGUUUCGUCGCUUCGAGACAAUCACCCCCCGGGCCGUUCCCCCCUAGAUUCUGCAUAGGCACGAAUGACAAUGGCCUUUUUCUUUUCACAUGUAGAAAGGUUAUACAACGCUUUCUGCUCGUGGCAAAUUAUUUUUUUCACAACCUUGCAGGCUUAUUAUAUCUUCUAAUCUGCUUCUGGGUAUCCCCGAACCUAGUUUGGCACUCCCCCAAAUCCUCUAUACUGUCAUAUACACAAUAUCAUACAGAACCUCCCAUUUCCGUCUU